AUGAAAAGCAAAUGCUAUUUAGUAGUCUACUGGCUCAUCAAGCUGUUUUGUUUGGAGCCUUGGGCGCUGAUCCUCGCCCGUGCUAUAGCUGGUAUACCCUGCUCAGCUUGCUACAUCGUUCUGCCCAUCUACAUCAAAGAGAUCAGUGAUAUCGACCUCCGAGGUGCCUUAGGAUCAUUACUUAUAUUGAACAGAAACAUUGGAUAUCUAGCUAGUUACAUAUGCGCUGAUUUGCUAAGCGUUAAUGCUAUGUUAUGGUUGGGUGUGAUAGUUCCAACUGUGAUAUUCUUCAUACUUCUCCUCAUGCCGGAGACGCCAGAAUUUCUAGUCAAACAAGGAAAGAUUGACGAGGCAAAAGCAGUAUUGGCUUGGCUACGUGGUGUAUCUACAGUAGACAGAGCUCUGGAAACAGAGAUCGACAACGUGGUUCGAGUAGAGAAACAGACCAAGGAGGAAACCAAAUCUGUUUGGGGUAUUAUUUUACGCGACCAGCCAACGCGUAAAGCUUUCAUCAUCACCCUCAUCAUCAAAAUAGCUCAGCAAUUCGAUGGGUACCUCAUCGUUCUCAUCUACGCUGGUUUCGUAUUCUCAAAGGCCUCGGAUAGUAUCAGCUUAAAACUGAGCCCCAAUAAACAGAUUAUUAUGAUCGGAAUAGUCCAACUGCUUGGCUCCAUAUUCGCUACUUGUAUCGUCGAGAAAACUGGAAGAAAGCUUCUUCUAGUGACGACAUCAUUCGCAGUAGGUGUUGGUAUGCUGGUAUUGUCGGCGUGGUUCUAUGUGACGUCAGCUGGCAUUUGGAUGCCUGGCUGGUUGCCUGUACUGGCCAUGUGCGUGUGCAUCUUCGCUGACGCCGCUGGUUUCCAACCGAUCUCCUAUAUCAUCAUUACGGACCUCUUCACUUUCCAGCUGAUCGGCAUACACUGGACUUUCCUUUUCUUCGCCAUCGUCUGUUUCUUCUCCACCAUCUAUACGAUCUUCGACUUCCCCGAAACCAGGAAUAAAACUGUCGAAGAAAUCUACAGCAAGUUAAACAGAAGAAACAAGGCGAACAAAAGUACUGCUGUGCCGUAG